AAUUACCUUUAUUCAAUUCCCCAAAAAAAAAAAAAAAAAAAAAAGUUACCCUAUAACUGCAUUUAUUCUCAUCAAAGUCUCUUCUUAUGCACAUAUACACUCCACCAAACUUGAGAUCAAAGAAACCUUUCUUUCUUUUUUUUAUUUCUCUAUUUCUUACUUAAACUCCUCCAUUUCUAUAUCUUCAACCUCUCACACACACAAAUGUUGUAACAUUUGAGCUGAAAUUUCAGGUCCAUGACGACACAGUUUGUGGACAAAAAUAAUAAUGUUUCGGGUCAAGAAAAUAGUACAGAUAACUCAGGUUCUUCUUGUCCUUCUUGUGGCCACCAAAUUAAAAGCCGAGACAAGGGUGGAAUUCAUACAUUGCCGGGUUUGCCUGCGGGUGUGAAAUUUGACCCGACGGAUCAAGAGCUUCUUCAACAUUUAGAAGGAAAAGUUGGUUGUGAUACUCACAAGCUUCUUCUUCAUCCUUUGAUCGAUGAGUUUAUUCCCACAAUUCAAUGGGAGCAUGGGAUUUGCUACACCCAUCCCCAAAAAUUGCCAGGAGUAAGAAAAGAUGGAUUGGUCCGACACUUCUUCCACCGGCCAUCUAAGGCCUACACUACAGGAACAAGAAAAAGAAGAAAAGUUCAUGCGGAUGCAGACGAUGCUGGGGGCGAGGGCGAGACUCGAUGGCACAAAACAGGGAAGACGAGACCGGUUCUUGUGGGCGGGAGAGUGAAAGGUUACAAGAAAAUACUGGUCCUCUACACAAAUUAUGGGAAGCAAAAGAAGCCAGAGAAGACAAACUGGAUAAUGCACCAGUACCAUUUGGGGAGCAGCGAAGAAGAAAAAGAUGGAGAGAUUGUGGUCUCAAAAGUAUUCUACCAAACACAGCCUAGACAAUGUGGGAACAAUUCACUCCACAAAGAAUCAAUUUCUCUAAAGUUUAGAGGACAAAAGAGUCGUAAUAAUAAUGGAGUACAUGAUCACAACAAUAAUCUUAACACUAAUCCACUUGUUGAUUUCUAUAACCCUUCUUUCAUAUCUUUUGAGUCUAAUGAUCAAAAUGGAUCAUCAUCACCAAGGAAUAAUUCUCAUCUCAUUCCCUCUUUUGCAGUCCAUGGUGGGUCCUCUGUUGUUUCAUGAUUUUUAUUUUUAAUUAUUAUUAUUGUAUGAAUAAAUUGGAGAAAUCUCAUAAGAGAACUGUGAAUUAAUAUAUAUUUAAGAAACUCAUCUAUUGACAGAAA